AUGGCGGCGAAAGACAAAGAAAACGUGUUGUAAGUUUUUAUCGUUUUGUGUUUGUGAUUUUGUCAUUCCAUUAAAGUCAUUUUAUUAUUUAUAAAUUAUGAUAGUAGCCUGGCAAAAUAUGUUCAAAUUGUUUUAAAAAUAUGUUUAAAUUUUAUAAAAAUAUGUAAUUUAAAAACGUACACGAGAUUGUGAAUUUUAGCAAGAUUUGUUUUAAUAUUUAGUUAUUUACCAGAGUCUAUUGACUGAUGUGUUCAUAGUUCAUUUGAUAAUUAACAAUUAGCCGCCGAAGGCGAAGUGAUUACAAGCAUAUAUUCAUUGAGCUGAAGGCGAAGUGAAUAUAAUAUAGACUUGUAAUCACCAAGGCGACUAAUUGAAAAAGUUCUAUUUAUAAUUAAAAAUACAUUAAUAAUUCACGAGGAAAAUACAAAAGAAAUUAAUGUUUAAUCAUGUUUGUAAAGAUUUGUCCUCAGUGAUUUGCAUAAACUUCAGCUUUGAUUUUCUCGGGUUAGACAAUGUUAAUGUUUAUUUUUAAAAUUACUUCGCCAAUCAACUUGUAAGAUGGGUCAUUCUUUAAGUUGCGAUAAAACAUUUGCAUCGAUCUGUAUGUGAUAUACAAACUCUCGCCUUCGGCUUGAGUUUGUAUAUCAGAUAAAGAUCGGCUGCUCAUGUUUUAACUAGUACAUACAACUAAUACACAUGUUCAUAUUGUGAUUAUAACUUGCAUAAAUAUUUUCUUCCAUCUGAUUUUCAGCCAUUUUUUUGGGAAAAGCAAUAGUCAGUCUGAGCAGUACAUAUUGCCUCAAAGUUACAGCUGAGGGAGCCUGAAUCGGAAUGCUCAAACAGUAGUCAAAGGCCAUUUGAGGUUUUUUUUUGGGGGGGUACCCAUCAAAAAUCCCAAAUCCCUCCAAUCUGAAAAUAAAUUGGGGGGGGGGACAAUUUCCCCCCCCCCAAAAAAAAAUAAAUUGGAAUAUGAAUAUCAUUAUUAGUAUUAAAAUGGUAAGACAUAUAACCUUAAGUACAAAAAUGGGUAAUCACUUAGAGGUGCAGUUGGUGAACCAGACAUUUCUAUCCCCUCAAUUGGAAAUAGGUGAGCAGGGUCUUAACUAGAAGACCGUGUUGGCCGUGUUAUCGCAGCCAAAAAUGUAAAAACACGGCUAGAUGAAAUGAACGCGGCUUCAUUAUUUAUUUUUGGCUGUGCAUGUAGGUUUAUAAAAUAAGGCGUUGCUACUAACAACAUACAGAAUUUCUUUGUAAAAUCUAUUGUGGUUGUUGAAAUUGGUAAAAGUGAUCUGUGAUGUUUUAAUGUUUUGAUAGAUAAUGGGCACCAUAUGAUUGUUAAAAUGGCUUUAAAUACCCCCAAGAAUUGCUAAAAUAAUUUAUUAUAAUGUCAGUGCGAACUACGAGUGUAUGCUUGCCUUGUAUUUGGUUGAAAAGCAUAAACCAACCACAGGUAUAGUCUAUUGUUGACAAGCAUAAAGCUAUGUUUACACGCUACGAUUUGUCGUGUACGAUUCGUACUGCUGUUACUAUGGCAACAAUGACAUUUUAAUAUGGCAGAUACUUUGGAUUUGAGUUUGGUGAUCCCAUUUUUUUAUUUCAUAAUUUCUUUUCUUUUAAUCUAUCCCUGUACACUAAAAGAAAACAUUUUAUGAAAUAAAAAAUUUAUUUGGUUUAUUCUAAAAAAAUUCUAUUCAGCCAAAAAAUGUUAUAAAUAACCACAUUUACCAAAUAAAAACUGACUUUAUUAAAGUAUUAGUGUCACACCAUAGCACUGUGGGUUAAUCAAACUUAUUGUUUACACUUGAAGUAAAUAGCUUCAAAUAAAUAACGAUGUAAUUAGAUUGUUUGCUAUGAAUACAAUGUAAUAAAGUAAAGAAGAAACGCUAUGACAAAAGCAUGUUUAAAACAUUUUAUGGAUUCUAAAGCUGUCUCAGUGAUCUUUGCCAUUCCAAAAAUUGGCCACAAAGAAAAAAAAAACGAUCCUGCAAUACCAUGGUGUGACACUAAUCCUUUAAAUGCAUUUGUUUUAGAUUUUGUGGGCUUUGUUCAGCUAAAUUGAGAGAUGGGAUACGUUAUUGCUGGGGGUGCGGCGGUGAUCAAACUCGAGUUGGCCCACCUGGUCGCACUUCGGAGCCUUCAACUAGUGGUGACACUAAUCAGCAAGACAAUAAGACAGAUAAGUCAGAAACAGCUAAAUCAUCAUUUGGUAGACCACAAAGUGUCGCUCGUGGAAAAGUGCUAACAUUUGAGCAGUUCCUGAAGAAGAAAACUAGCAAGGAGAACGUUACUCAUUUUCGACCAACUAAAAAGGCAAAGUCUGACCCAAAUGAAUUGGUGAUGGUGUACAUCGGGAUAAAGAGAUUCAAGGAUAGCUGUCUGAAAACUGUUAAAGGAAAAAGACUUCCUAUUCGAGUUCCAAAGUCUGCUACCUGUAGAUUAAUUUUGCAAAAAGCAACUGAGAAAAUGACAGCUUUUGACAGGUCCUUUGAUGCUAAUGAAAGGUAUGAUUUGCUGUAUGAAGAUGGAAGCACUGCACUUUUUAUGCCUGGAACCAAAGAUUUCUUUGAAUUGGAAAAGUACAGGUUUGAACUGGGGAGGGACUACAAACGAAUUACCUUUUAUUUGUGCACCCAGUCCGAUAUUGAUCUGAAUGAGGGAAUGGUGGAAUCCUCUAACGAAUUUGAUGAAGUGAAUGAAGAAAUGGACUCUUCUGUACAAUCAUUCGCUGAACCUAUGGGAGGUAAUGUAUCACCUGGUGAUCCAGGUACAAGCCAGAAGGGACAAGAUACAUGUACAAGUCAAGACGAACAGAUAGCAAGACAGCUUCAGCAAGAAUGGAAUGAAGAUAUUGAGCUUGCUUCAAGUUCACAUCAAGGAAACGAUUCAGACAGUACUCUACAUGUCACAAGCACUUUGAUUAAAGAUAAGCAAGAUGUAAUCUAUGCUCUUUCUUCACAAGUGGAAGGAAAUGAUCAGUUUUUCAUAGCUACUCGACGAAAAGCUCCACUUUCAAGAAUUUUCUCCCUUUGGCAGCGCCAGACUAAAAAAAAGUCACCAACCUGUAGAAUUAUGGUAAAGUAUAGUGGCGAAGCAGAAAUCGAUUCAGGAGCAAUUGCAAAAGAGUUCCUUGAAGACACAAUCGAAAACAUAGCAGCAACUUUAUUUAAAGAUGGUGUUCCUGUUAACUCUACACAUCAUGUGCAAAACGGGGAUUUUCGUACCUGUGGUGAGAUGGCUGCUGCUUCACUAGCCCAAGGUGGACCACCACCAUGCUUUUUAGAUGAAUGUGCUUAUAACAGCAUUUUCACGGAAACAGAUUUGACAAAUGUCGAUGAAAAAGACUUGGCUGAAAAAGAAAAGGUAACACUUGCUAAUAUUACACUUGACUGUACCAAGCAUUCAGAUUUCAUAAUAGAGCACGGCUACACAGGAGUUGUCGACCAGAAGUUUAUCCAGGAUAUUAUAAAUUCAUUGAAGGUCAGAUUUGUUAGCAAUCGUAUGCUAUACAUGCAAGAGUUCAAGAAAGGUUUGGAUGUCUAUGGUCUUGGGGAUAUGAUCGAGACGAAUCCUGAUGCGUGUCGUCCUCUUUUUGUCAAGGAUUUCAAGAAGGAUUUGGUUCCAGAUGCAGAUUACCUUUUCUCCUUGAUGGAGCCUAUUUUCUCAGAAGAAGGAUCUACAAAACGUGUCAUUGAGGAGUCUAUAAUGGAUUAUAUUCAAGAUGUUUUGAUUGCCCUAGACGACACGCCAGUGUCAGGGUACCCAGCUGCAGUAGCUUGGAACCGCGACGAAUCUGAAAAUGAUGUACCCACAUCCGAAGAAUUGUUUGAAACCGCAGAGAUGUCAGUUGGAGGUGUCAUGGGAUGGCUUACCGGUCAAAGGCACAAGCAUGUAACGUCAAAGGAAAUGCCCACCAUAAGAAUAAAAUUUGAUCAUGAAUGUCUUCUCAGAAACCCAAACCACAAAGUAUGUUUCCCUUUGAUAGGAGCUUGUGGCAGGGAAUUAACAAUACCUGUUGUACACAUGGACAAGGCAGAGAAGUUUAAAGAACUCUUUAUUUUAGCUUACUGUAAGGGACAACCUUUUGCCAAACCGUAA